GAGAAUCUAUGGCGUGGAGGAAGCAUACCUUCAAGCUACAUUAAGAGCAGCUCCCAGCAAGCAAGGGGCUUUACAGUGGCUGAGAGGGAUCGCCCCUUUCCCUCCAGAACCUUACGGGCGGGCGCCCGUUUCCUGAGCGGCCAUUCCGACCCUUGGCCAGCAGGUGGUGCCACAGCGCGGCCCGGGGCUACGCUGCCAUGGCCUCUCUGGGCCCAGAGGAAGGAACCAGAGAGACAGCAAGAGGAAGUCGAGGUGGCGCGUAGUCCUAGGGACACCGAGUCGGAGCUGGUGUCUGUCGCUGGCCGGAGUCGCACUCCACACACCAAGCUGGCAGCGCAUGGAGCCGAGGACUCGCGCGGAGGCAGAAUGCAUCCCACCGGCGAGAUCUGCGAGGUCCUUGCAGCCCCGUGUUCCUCUGAAAGUGGCGAGGAAGGGAAGAACAUGGAGGGGAAAAGUGAUAUGAACAUUGCAUCUCUCAUGGGAGGUGAAGAGGUCUGCAGAGAUACAGAUAAUGGUGACCUUCCUUCUUAUGUGUCUGCAUUCAUAGAAAAGGAAGUUGGAAAUGACCUUAAAUCUUUAAAAAAACUUGAUAAACUCAUAGAACAAAUGACAGAAAGUAAAAUGCAGUUAGAAGAACAGGUACUUACCAUUUCAUCAGAAAUUCCUAAAAGAAUUCAGAGUGCCUUAAAAAAUGCAGAAGAAUCAAAGCAAUUCCUUAAUCUGUUUCUGGAGCAAGAAACUCAACUCUUCAGUUCCAUUAACAGCCAUUUACUGACUGCACAGCCUUGGAUGGAUGAUCUCGGGGCCAUGAUUAACCAAAUUGAAGAGAUCGAACGGCAUCUUGCUUACCUUAAAUGGAUUUCACAAAUUGAAGAACUAAGAUGCUAUCCUGAACAUGGGCUGCUUGCUGCUCUUAGAAGGUUGCUAAGAAAUUUAGAGGACUCCAGGAUCCAAGAGAGACAUGGCGUUAGGUUAAAUAGCCACAUCAGGGUGGUGCUUCAUUCUUCCUUGGAUGUAACUUUAUAUAAAAUUGAUAACAUUCAACAAUAUCUGAUGACCAAUAAUGUGCCAGAGGCAGCCUCUAUUCUGGUGGCUAUGACAGAACUUGACAUUAAACUUCAGGAAUCAUCCUGUACUCAUCUUCUCAGUUUCAUGAGAGCCACAGUUAAAUUCUGGCAUAAAAUUCUCAAGGACAAGCUUACAAGCGAUUUUGAGGAAGUUUUAGCACAGAUUCAUUGGCCAUUCAUUGUGCCCCCUCAAUCUCAAACUGUUGGCUUAAACCGACCCACCAGUGCCCCCGAGAUAUACAGUAACCUGGAGACAUUGUUUUGUCAGUUAUUGAAACUGCAAACCUCAGAUGAAUUACUUACUGAGCCAAAAGAACUCCCAGAAAAAUAUUCUCUUCCACCUUCCCCUUCUGUCAUCCUGCCCAUCCAGAUUAUGCUGACUCCCCUUCAAAAGAGGUUCAGGUAUCACUUCAGAGGCAACCGACAGACUAAUGUUAUAAGCAAGCCGGAAUGGUACUUGGCUCAGGUACUUAUGUGGAUUGGAAACCAUACUCAAUUUCUGGAUGAGAAGAUUCAGCCAAUAUUAGACAAUGCAGGCUCUGCAGUAAAUGCCAGGCUUGAAUUUUCUCGGGGUCUCAUGAUGCUGGUUCUUGAGAAGUUAGCUUCAGAUAUUCCUUGUCUGCUCUAUGAUGACAAUCUCUUCUGUCAUUUGGUGGAUGAGGUGCUGUUGUUUGAAAGGGAGCUACACAAUGUUCACUGCUAUCCUAGCACUUUUGCUAAUUGUAUGCAUAUUCUAUCAGAGGAAACCUGUUUUCAGAGAUGGUUGACUGUGGAGAGAAAAUUUGCUCUUCAAAAAAUGGAUUCAAUGCUUUCAUCAGAAGCUGCCUGGGUAUCCCAAUAUAAGGAUAUCACUGAUGUAGAUGAAAUGAAAGUUCCAGACUGUGCAGAAACUUUUAUGACUCUACUCUUGGUUAUAACUGACAGAUAUAAAAAUCUCCCCACAGCUUCCCGAAAGCUGCAGUUCCUGGAGUUACAGAAGGACUUAGUAGAUGAUUUUAGGAUACGAUUAACUCAGGUGAUGAAAGAAGAGACUAGAGCCUCCCUUGGCUUUCGGUACUGUGCAAUUCUUAAUGCUGUGAACUACAUCUCAACAGUACUAGCAGACUGGGCUGACAAUGUUUUCUUUCUACAACUUCAGCAGGCAGCCCUAGAAGUUUUUGCAGAGAAUAAUACCCUCAGUAAAUUGCAGCUGGGACAACUAGCCUCUAUGGAGAGUUCUGUCUUUGACGACAUGAUUAACCUCUUAGAGCGUUUAAAGCAUGAUAUGUUGACCCGUCAAGUAGACCAUGUUUUUAGAGAAGUUAAAGAUGCUGCAAAAUUUUAUAAGAAAGAAAGAUGGUUAUCCUUGCCAUCUCAAUCAGAACAGGCAGUAAUGUCCUUAUCCAGUUCAGCCUGCCCGUUAUUGCUUACAUUACGAGACCGUUUACUUCAACUGGAACAGCAGCUUUGUUUCUCCUUAUUUAAAAUUUUCUGGCAAAUGCUUGUGGAAAAGCUGGAUGUAUACAUAUAUCAAGAAAUAAUUCUUGCUAAUCACUUCAAUGAAGGAGGAGCAGCCCAGUUGCAGUUUGAUAUGACUCGGAACCUUUUCCCUUUGUUUUCUCAUUAUUGCAAAAGACCAGAAAAUUAUUUUAAACAUGUAAAAGAAGCCUGUAUUGUUUUGAAUUUGAACAUUGGUUCUGCAUUACUUCUGAAAGAUGUACUGCAGUCAGCUUCCGGGCAGCUUACUGCCACAGCAGCUUUAAAUGAAGUUGGAAUUUAUAAACUGGCUCAACAAGAUGUUGAAAUUCUACUUAAUUUGAGGACAAACUGGCCUAACACUGGAAAAUAAUCCAUCUUUCAGAAAAAGUUGUGGGUUUUUUUGUUUUUUUUUUUUAAACAAAAAGGAAGGCAGUUGGAUUUAAAGUUAUGAAGAUGUUCUGAAUUAAUGAAACUGGACAAAUGACAACUUUACUGAAUCAUUUAUUAUCUUGAAUUCAUGGUAUUACCAAAAUGAUGACCAUAUUUCCCGAUUUCUCUUGUUCCUAAGAAAACCAAAAACAGAAAACUAUGGAAACUCAGAAUAAUUCCAUUUACAAAUAUAAAUGCUGAAUAUAUAUAUGUUGAAUAAAAUACAAAAGCAAAGAAAUUAUAACUUUCAACUUCGUGUGCUAAAGGAAACUUUUGUGGAUAAUCAAACAUAGCCAAUAAAUUUUUAAAGUCA